UACCGCAAUCGGCCCGAGCAUGUGUUGCAUGUGCCCAGCACCACAGACCUGCCGCCCGUGCUGCGAGAGCUAGUGACGCGCAACCUGCGCCACACUCUGCACCCGUCUCUGCCGAAGAGGGCCGCAGAUGACCUGAGCGAUGAGGAAGAGGAGGAAGAGGAGCAAGACAUGGGUACUACUGACAAGAUAG